GCAGCGGCAGCGGUUGUUCCGCUUCCCCUCUAGCCCGGGCCGUCGCCAUUGCCGAAGGCUCCUGCCCUCCCCUCCCUGGCCCGCGGGGUUCCGCGCUUCACGGCCUCGGUAGAGACGGCCGCGCCCCGCGCCGCUCCCCUCCGCCCUGCCCUCCUCCCUCCCUCUUUGCUGCCCAGCGCUGCGCUCGCCCGCAUCGGCCCGGCAGCUCGCCCUGGGUCGGGCGGAGACCUUUCCUCUGGCCAUUUCAUAAUUCUGAAUCAUGUCUGAUAACGGGGAACUAGAAGACAAGCCUCCAGCACCUCCUGUGCGAAUGAGCAGCACCAUUUUUAGCACUGGAGGGAAAGAUCCUUUAUCAGCCAAUCACAGUUUGAAACCUUUGCCUUCUGUUCCAGAAGAAAAAAAACCCAGGAACAAAAUCAUCUCCAUAUUCUCAGGCACAGAAAAAGGAAGUAAAAAGAAAGAAAAAGAGCGGCCAGAGAUUUCUCCUCCGUCUGAUUUUGAGCACACCAUCCAUGUUGGCUUUGAUGCUGUUACUGGAGAGUUCACUGGCAUGCCUGAACAGUGGGCACGGCUGUUGCAGACAUCCAACAUUACCAAGCUGGAGCAGAAGAAGAAUCCUCAGGCUGUGUUGGAUGUCCUGAAGUUCUACGACUCUAACACUGUGAAGCAGAAGUACCUGAGCUUCACUCCUCCUGAGAAAGAUGGCUUCCCUUCCGGAACACCAGCACUGAAUACCAAGGGAUCAGAAACAUCAGCAGUAGUAGCAGAGGAAGAUGACGAUGAUGAAGACGCUGCCCCUCCUGUCAUUGCUCCUCGGCCAGAUCAUACAAAAUCAAUUUAUACACGGUCUGUCAUCGACCCUAUUCCUGCUCCAGUUGGUGAUUCUAAUGUUGACGGUGGUGCCAAGUCUUCAGACAAACAGAAAAAGAAAGCCAAGAUGACAGAUGAAGAGAUUAUGGAGAAAUUAAGAACUAUUGUGAGCAUAGGUGACCCUAAGAAAAAAUACACAAGAUAUGAGAAAAUUGGGCAAGGGGCUUCUGGUACAGUUUUUACUGCAACUGACGUGGCACUGGGUCAAGAGGUUGCUAUCAAGCAGAUUAAUUUACAGAAACAACCAAAGAAGGAAUUGAUCAUUAAUGAAAUUCUGGUGAUGAAAGAGUUAAAGAAUCCCAACAUAGUUAACUUCUUGGACAGUUACCUGGUAGGAGAUGAGUUGUUUGUGGUAAUGGAGUACCUUGCUGGUGGGUCACUCACUGAUGUUGUAACAGAAACGUGCAUGGAUGAAGCACAGAUUGCAGCUGUCUGCAGAGAGUGUUUACAGGCGUUGGAGUUCUUACAUGCUAAUCAAGUGAUCCACAGAGACAUCAAAAGUGACAACGUGCUCUUGGGAAUGGAAGGCUCCGUUAAACUUACUGAUUUUGGCUUCUGUGCCCAGAUCACCCCUGAGCAGAGCAAACGCAGUACUAUGGUUGGAACACCAUACUGGAUGGCACCAGAGGUGGUUACACGGAAAGCCUAUGGCCCCAAAGUUGACAUAUGGUCUCUGGGCAUCAUGGCUAUUGAGAUGGUUGAAGGAGAGCCUCCAUACCUCAAUGAAAAUCCUUUACGGGCCUUAUACCUGAUAGCAACAAAUGGAACUCCUGAACUUCAGAAUCCAGAAAAACUUUCCCCAAUAUUUCGGGAUUUCUUAAAUCGGUGUUUGGAAAUGGAUGUGGAGAAAAGGGGUUCAGCCAAAGAACUGUUACAGCAUCCCUUCCUGAAACUGGCCAAACCAUUGUCUAGCUUGACGCCACUGAUCCUGGCAGCUAAAGAAGCAAUGAAGAGUAACCGCUAAUGUCAUCACUGAGGCCUCAUAUUCUUUUAUCCAUUUUCUAAGAGAAGUCUUUUAAUACAUGAAAUUGUUACUCUGAAGGGUGUAAAGAGACAGUCUGCAUCACAUGGAGAAAAGCAAGCAAACUACUAUUUUCUAAAGAUGACCAAGAAAAAAUUGCAGUAAGAAAGUUAUGACUUUGAGAUGAGCCCCUGCUGUAGGGUCCAAAAGGAGUCAUGGACUGCAUCGCUAGCCUUACAUUUUCCAGCAGACAGCGCUUGACGUUUGCACACACUGUUUUGAUGACUCUCACUACAGUAGAUCUUGUUUGUUGUCUCCUUUGGGGUAUUUUUCAUACUUGAAUAUCAGAUUCGAGUUUUUCUGCAUAUUUCAUCUGCUCGUCUUCUCUCUCCAUAACCUUCCCUUCCUCCAACCUGUACCUUUGAGUUGUUGCUUUGAGUUUUUCUCAUGCCUAAAUUCAAGGCAGAUGUGAUGAUAGAAAUUAUGUAGCUCUUUAUAUUGGCAAAGGAGCUUGACAUGUUUCAACUUUUUAUAGAAGUUAGGACAGCUGUUGUACGUGUAGUAUUUCAGUUCAGAGCUUAAACUGAAAGGGGCAAAGUAUGUGAUUUUCUACCUUUUUUAACAAAUGUGAAAGAGUCAACUUUAGAAUUUCAUAGUAGUCAGUUUGACAUUUGUUACAUGUAUAGAAAGAGGACUAAUAAUCUAUAUUUAUAACUAAAUCAUUGUUACAGAGAAAAAAAAUCCCACUGACUGUAUGUUCUUACUAUUUUGUCUUUUCUCCCUGUUUCUCCUCACAUUUGACUGUAGGAACCAAAGUGAUCUGUGCCUGUUAGCUCGGGCUCUGUGACUUUGGUGCCACUCCCUUCCCUGCUGCUCUCUUAGAAAUGAGUGUCUGUAUAUGUUGCAGUUUUAGGUGUCAGUUUUUGAUUGAAUCAACCCUUAUUUCACAUGUAGCCCCUCUACCCUCUAGGGCAAGUGAUAACCAUUGAAUUUUCAGAAUUUAAAAGUUAAAGACUUUUUAUUUAAAAAAAAAGUAUUUGGGACCUACAGAAACCAAAUGAGAUUUGAAUCUUGGUGAGUUCUAGGCUACUUGUAAUAAUGAAAUGUCAAUAUUGUAGAGGUGAAGCUUAUGGCAGUAAACUGUAAAGAUUCAUCUGAUCUACAUUACUGUCUGUGAGAGAUGAAAUAGCAAAUUACUUGAUGGAUCAUUUGAGGUGUUGGGUACUUUAGUUUUUGUUUUUCCAAAUGAGUAGGGUAUUCAUUGUUUUAAAAAAAGAAAGAAAAGAAA